AUGUUCGACCGGUCGAUCAUAGAAAAUGUUCGAUUCGGGAGACUUAAAGCAUUAGAUGAGGAGGUCAUUAAAGUAUACGAUGUAGUAGGACUACACGAUGGGAUUAUGAAACUUCCCGAGAAAUACGAGGCCCGGGUCGGUGAAGGGGGCAUCAGACUUAGCGGCGGGCAGUGCCAACGGAUCGGAAUCGCUCGAGUCAUGCUAAAAAGGCUUAAGCUCCUCGUCCUUAACGAACCUACAUUAGCUAUCGACUCUCGCACUGAGAUUCGCAUCCUAAAGGCUUUCCGCAAUCUAUGUCGCGGCCACACUACGCUUAUGAUUACCCACCGGCUCUCAACCAUUAAGGACGCUGACCUCAUCCUCGUUUUAUAUAAUGGUUCUAUCGUGGAAAGAGGAAACUACGCGGAGCUAUUGGAAUAA